AUGGAAUCCCUCCCCGUGGAGCUCCUGCGCCGCAUCGCGUCGUAUACCCCAUACCCCACAGUUCGCUCCCUUACCUUCACAUCCCAUAAACUCCGCGCUGCCGUCCACGACUGGCAAGUUUAUAAAUCCAUAAUUGACAAUCAAAUCCAUUUGUUCACUUCAGGAUCCCAGAAUACAGAUGGUAUAGAAACGGUAUCUCACUCGGUUUUCAAGCACGAGAUACAUCUACAACCAUGGGUUCACAAUCCAAUCACGUCUUCUAUGGAGCGCAUCGUAAUGGCAAGAUAUGCAUAUGCGGAUUAUCAAGCAUAUAAUUUACCUACACAUCUACCGUUGUGGGGUUCUAACCCCCUUGAAUACCCACCGUACCCGCAGGAUGAUUCUGACGAAGGGGUACUCCAGGAUUUUGCAAGGUGGGGGGGAAUAUUGGCCGCCCAAGGACAUCCUGUAAUCCGCCUUCUUGGCCACACAACCCUACAUUCCGACAAUGGGGGGAAAACAAUAUGGAUACCGGGUUCUGUGAGCCCCACAUACCGCUAUACAUUAGUCUUCUGUAUAGCUUCAUAUCUUCUAUCCAAUAGAGUCGACUUCUUCCCUCCCAAUCAAGAAAGGGCAGAAACACCGGAAGAACCGGAAUACCCCCUCUUCGAAUCAGGGACUGGAUUUUCUUCCCCCCAGGCCCCAGGUUUAGAGCUGGAUACCACCGAAGGCUACCUCAGCUCUAGAUGGAGGACCAUUCUCGCCGAUCUCGCGGCUUUAGACUCGGGCUAUAUACAAAUGCCAAACGGGGAGUUGAGACUAUCUUUUCGGUCAUAUCGGGAUAUUCAGUACGAAGGGGACGAUGUACCUCGUACAAAAACGGAUCUUGAUAAAUCGUUUGAAAACCAUGGUAUUGGAGCAGAUGCGGGAUCUUACAGUGCAUUCACACUAUUAGAGCUAUGUGUUAGGACAGUGGGGAUACUAGGAUGGAACUACAGACAGUUGAUCGUUGAUAGGCGGAUACCGAGGUUUCGAUCAUUAAGGUGGGAAUUCGGGGACGACCCGACCGAGGAACAAGUGGAGGAAGUGAAAAGCAGGUAUGAUCCACGUCAACUGUGGGGCCCACCGGUGUCGUCGGGGAUUCCAUUUAAAAGGUAUAUGAAGUUGGAGCCGGAGUUAGGAAGAGACGGGGCGGGAUUUGUGUGGAGUCAUUUGGAAGGGAUGAUAAACCAGGAAUUUUUGGAAAACGGGAAAUGGAUGGGGUUCUAUACUUAUGCCGAUAUGCAGGAAAUCGAUCCAGCCAUGAUUGAUAUCGAGUUUACCGUUGUGGACCCAAAGGAUCUGGAGCCGCAACGGCCAAAAUACUAUGACGAUGAAGACGAUGAAGACGAUGAAGACGAUGAAUACGAUGAAUACGAUGAGGACGAGGAUGAAGACGAGGAUGAAGACGAGGAUGAAGAUGAGGAUGAAGAAGAUGAGGAAUACGAAGACGAAGAAGACGAAGAAGACGAUUUGGAAUAUGAGGACGAUCAGCCUGAAGGAUCAAAAAAGAAUGAAACAGAUGAAGCAGCGGGCACCGAAGAAAAGAAGCCAAAAAAGAAACAAGAAAAGAAGCAAAAGUCCCCAGAAAUCCCCAUAAUCGCCGUUAAAGCAACUGGCAAAGAUGGCCUUGGUGACUUUGUACUCUGGGGUAAAUUCUACCCCAAAACCGGUAAAGUCCAACUUACGAAAGCAUACUAUAAAGGUAUUGAACCGGGUACUAUGUGGAAUUGGACAACUUUUAUGACCCCGUUUGGAAUCGUCGGUAGAUGGGGCGACCGUGGAUUCGGCGGAUAUAUUUGGUUAUGGAAGGAAGAUUGGUACGGUCCCGUUGAGGGAAAUGAAUUGGCUAAUAGAUUGCAACCUGAACUCCAGUCAUAA